AUGAUUGAGGUUAAUGAUCUUAGGUUUCUGAGAGUAAUGUUUGACUUCAAGCCCUUUCCUGAAAUAUCACAAUAUGAAAAUGUUGAUGAUUCAUCAUUCUUUGAUGUCAUUGGUGUGAUAACCGGACCUGGUAGAGUUAUCUCUCAAUCUAACCACAACAAACUAUUCUGUACAAUAUGGGAUUCAAAUGUUGACUUAUACUUGGAUCAGCUGAAAAAGAGUGAAGGAACAAUUCCAAUUGUGAUUAUUCAGUUUUGCAAGCGCAAUCUGUUUAGAGGAGAAAUUCGCAUUUCUACACAUUUUCAAGCUUCUAAGGUUGUGAUCAAUGCUGAUGUUAAAGAAGUUAAAGAUUUUAGGAUGAGCUUUGUUCAGCAAGCUUCCGUCAUUCAAGGAGGACAAAGGCUUGGUGGUGAAUAUGAUGAUCUGCAAGUGAAGUCCCUUGAGGAUUUGUCUUGCCUAGAGGAAGGUUCAUGUUGGGUAUUUGGUAAAAUUGAGUCAGUUGAGUGCCAUUACGGUGAAUGGUAUUUUUUGGCGUGUAAGGCUUGUGUUAAGAAGGUCAGAGAAGUGGAUAAUAAGUUUAACUGUUCUGGAUGUACAAAAACUCAUUCUUAUGCCGUUAAAAGGUUCAAGUUUGUGGUGAAUGUUGUUGAUCAUACCAGCAAUGCAUCAUUGUUAUUGUGGGAUAGGGAAGGCAGCCAAUUGUUAGGGAGAAAUGUGACUGAUUUUUUAGGAACUGGUGGUCAGCUGGUUGCUCCUAAGAAUUCCAUCCCUGCACUUAUUGAAGAGAGUCUUGUGGAAGUAGUUGACAAGUAUACUCCUAAAGACUUGGGUGAACAGAUCUUUAAAUUUGAUACGAGGUUAUCUGAUCUACUUUUUGGAGCUGAUCUUGCUGAGGUUUCUCAGAAGGCCUAUGUUACAACUGAUCUGUCCACUCUUGCUAAUGAGAAUAUCAGUGAAUGCUGCGUUGAAGGAUCUGAAUUAAAUUUUGGAGUUGAUGUUGCUGAGGGUUCUCAGAAAGUGUUUGUUACACCUGAUCUGUCCACUGUUUCUAAUGCGAAAAAUUAUGAAUGGGGUGUUGAAUGCUCUGUGAAGCGAUGCUUGGAUUUAGAAUUUGACGGAUGUGAUGAUGUUGAUGAAGUUCAGAUGAAGAAGAAAGAGAAAAUUGCUGGUUCUAAUUAG